AUGAAGCUUAUCACCUUCGUUUUGGCCACCCUUGCCGCAACAACUGUGCAGGCUGGGACCUUGCAGAAAUGGUGCCACCUUCCCGGCCAACCCUGCGCUAUGCUCAAGCGAGCUGCCGAUGCCACCGGAGAAGUUAGACGUUCAGCCGAUGCCCUCGCCGAGGCUAUGGCAGAUGCCUCUCCGGAAGCCAUCAGGGUCAAGCGAGCGGCCGAUGCCGUCAACGAAUUCAAACGCUCCGCGGACGCUCUGGCGGAGGCCAUGGCGGCCAUUGAUGAGGACUAG